UGGUAAUGAAGAAAAAAAUUAUUUCGUGAAAAUGUAUGUUGUGUUACCCUCUUGUCCGGCCACAGGAUGGUCAUAAAACGAAAAGACAUCUACUCAAGUUUCACAAGGGGCUUAUUCAGGCUUAGUUCUCGCGCGCACACGAACGACUCAUCGGCCAAGGACUCUGUUGCCAUUUUGCCUCUUCUAGAUGGUCAGAGACUAGUGUCAUUGGCAGUCAACUGAGCGAGGACGAAACAUGCUUCGUAUAACUUUCCUGCGCGUCCUGCUGCUCGGUUUGUUUGGGAUUUCAGCGACAACAGCACGUAAGUAUGUUUUUCAGUGUUGUUCUGGUAACGCGACUAGUAAUCUUAUGGCAUUACUGAAGUCGCUACGGAUUCUUUCUAUUAAACCGUACUUUACACGAUCGAAGAGUUUUAUAAAGUUUAUGUUUUAAAUUAAUAUUUUGCUCAGGGUUAUGACAAAGGAAAACGCUCAAAUUUAACAUCAAGCUUUUUAUUCAUACGGGAAUUGCACAUUUGGGCUCUUCAGACAUAAUGACCUUUUGUUAACUCCGUAUUAAAUGGUCUUUCGUUGAGCAGAGCGCCAUCACCGCUAUGCAAGUUGUUUAAAAUUUUGAUCCACGCUGUUCCUAACUUAUGAAAUCAAUAAGGUUCCUUCUAUGUCCUUUUAUGCCUAUUUCCACUAACCAACAUUAACAAUGGUUUGACAAAGAAGUAUUUGAUUGAUAUCGCCUGGAAGUAAUUGUUUGUAAAACCUAGACAGUCCGCUUUGUAUGAAACCCUGAAGCGAACAGAUAAAGUCGAUAAAAUGAAGGGAGUUUAUUUCGUUCAUCGCUGCAGUUACACAAAGAACCAAAGGGUUCUAAUUUGGUAUGAGGUGACAGGAUAUAUUCGCAAGAGUCUCCCACAGAAAAUGUAAUUUCAAAAGUGAGAUAGAUGGAAUACUUGCUUGUGAAUAUUGAAUUACCUCAGAAGAUAGCUUCUUUACAUAUGUGUUUUCGUACCUCUAGCUUAUUCAGGCUGUAGAUUUAGCUUUCGGUGGAAAACAACGGAGAGAUAGAAGUGCUCUAAGUAAAAAGAAAUCCACUGCGCUGCUAACCCAAAGAAUACACUAUUACACCACGUCACGCAAUACCCUUGUGGAUUGUGACGUGUGAACAAAACAGCAGUUGUCACCAUUACAGAAGAAGAGUGGGAAAUAUUAGCUUUUUUUCGAUGGCGAAUCUUUUAUUUAAUAGAGAGUUAAGGCUCGCGGAAGACACCCUUAGUGUUAAAAAAUUGCUCAUUUUAUUGUUCCAAUCUCGAGAAUCAUUAACCCUUUAACCCCUAAGAGUGGCAAGGGUCUAAUUUCUCCUUACAUUAUCACCCCUGAAUCAAAUUUUUAAGUCGUGAAAAUAAAGGAAAUGAUCAGCAACUAACGAAGCUCUUGGUGGUUUUAUAAAUUCUCCUUUUAAGAACCUAGGUAAUGUAUAGAGAACAGUAUGGAGAAUAUGCAUACUGAUGUUAGGAUGUAAAGAGUUAAUAGGGUGAACAACGGAAAUUUGUCAAAAAUAUCCCUAUAAACCAUUUGACCCCUAGGAGUGACUAGCAUUUAAUUUCUCCCUACAAUAACACUCCUGAAUCAAACAUUAAGGUCGCGAGAAUAAAGGAAAUCAUCACCAACAAAAAAGCUCUUGAUCAUUGAACAAAUUCUCCCCGUCAGCGCCUCAGUAGAUGUAUAGAGAACAGUAAAGAGAAUAUGCAUACUGAUGUUAGCUUGCAAAGGGUUAUGUUUUGUUUUUCCAUUUGUUUUUCAAUCAAACAGAGCGUUUGGAUGACCCAUGUAUUCUUGACCUGGCAUUCAUCAUAGACGCAUCUGGUAGCAUCGAGCCUUAUUGGGAAGAUGUUCGGAAGUUUGCCGCCGGAGUCGCGAAACUGGUGAACGUAUCGUCCGAUGGAUCCCAUGUUGGAGUGGUUAAGUUCGGCGAGACAUCCAAAAUAGAAUUUGGGUUCAACGAAGGGCAAAACGAAAACACUGUUGUUCGAAAUUUGCUUAAUCUAGAUCCCCCUAUUCAGGGUUCAAGAACCAUGCUGCACUCAGCGCUCAAAAAAGCAAACGACGACCUUUUCAACGCACAGACAAAUAGCUUCCGAGAAGAUCCCAAUGUACGGAAGGUAAGGCGGUUUAUUUCACCAUUAAUGGAAAUUUAAACGUCCGAAGAAAACUCGAAACUUUCGAACACAAAGCUUGUUUAUUCAAGAACUUUGUAACGUAUCUUGUUUUGAGCUUUACCAAAAAAGUUCUACGUUUUUAAAACACUGUCUCUUACUGGCUAACGAGGUUGUUUGUAACUCAUGUGAGAUAACUUGGUUCUGACAGCCUAAUAGCACUUUUUACGUAACGGGUGGAAGAGUGACAGGCAAUGAAAUUAAUCUUACUGCAAUGACUUAAUUUCUGCAUGGCGUUCUUUCCCUCUAGGUUGUUUUAAUUAUAACUGAUGGUGCGCAAACCCCUCCAUUCAAACCUGACGUACCAGCUAACGAACUGAAAAAAAGGGGUUUUGAGAUUUACGCCAUCGGUGCCGGAGAUGCCAAAUCACAUUACCAGGAAUUGGAAAAUUUAAAAAACAAAGAUUUGUUCUUUGUCAAAAGGCCGAGUGAACUUCCCACGAAAGUUGUCGAUGUGGCACAAGCACUCUGUCCGAGUAAGUUAUAAGAUAAUUGGGCCACUGUAGAGAGAGAUACUAAAGCUGAUAUUUCGAGCGUUAGCUCUUCGUCAGAGCGAAUGCUGACGACAAAGAGCUAACGCUUUAAACGUCAGCUUUAGAAAUGCUUAACAGUGGCUAAUUUACAUUAACAACUCAGUUGGUGAGACCAAAUUAUUUUGUUAUACCCUCCACAGACACAGCACUACAGUUUCUUUGAAAAUUUACCCCGUUAUUCAAAUCAUGACCUAUUCCUCAGUUUGCUGAUUUGUUUUAAUCGUUAAUUUGGGUAUUUUUAAGUAUCGCUUGUAGAAGCUUUAACUUUUUACUCUUCAAAAACCUCAUAUGUGAAACUAAAAUGGUUAAUCUAUGACUGGUAAAAUUUCGUGAGCCUUUCCCUUCCCAGAUCUAAGUGGACACUCGCACGGGUGAAUGCCGUAAACUUCAGUAAACGUUUAAGCAGAGAUUUUGGCAUAACAAAGCCUAGAUUUUUAUAUCAUCCAGUUGAUAGUUGCAAUGCAAACGUUUAUUAAUUUGACAACGAGCUUGUAUUGUUAGGAGAGCUUGCUUACUGAUCACUUCUGUAAAAGAAUCACUGAAGUUUUUUCUUAACUUUCAUUCCUGUAUUUUAGGGUCGAUUGAAACCACGGUAAGUACAAACAUUUAUUUUUCCUUAUUUACGUUUUUAACUAUUCGCCAACUGUAAUUUUUUAGUGAAUUAUCCUUGUUAACCUUUUGGUACAUUUUAACUUCCUAGGUUAUUGGUCCCCCAGGAGAGAGAGGAGCAGUCGGCCUUCGGGUUAGUAAUGUUUGAUGGAUAAUUAUUGGGAUUGAAAGAUGUUUUCUCUAGAACAACUUCAUCAAACACUCCAGAGCAGUAGUCCUGUUAGACGGCCUAUGCACGUUCAAGCCAAAUCAGAAACUGCUCCCCCACCCUCCACCCCCUACCCCCCACGCAAACAAACAAAAACACACGCACAUCUCCAUCUCUUGUCUGCCUCUCUGCUACCGCACAGGGAGGUUAACUGGAUACCUGCCAACCAAAUACUCCUUGUCGCUUCACACGACAAGACACCUUUGGGUUGGUUGGGCCAACUGGGUCAGGUCAUUAGUAAAGUCUUUUGCCUGGAAGCAAACGUGACUAAUAAUGAAAUAAUUUCGUAAUAAGAGAAGAGAUAUGCUGAAUGCAAACCGUCCACCAGACAUCAUUAGUAACCGCUUUUCAGUAGAACUGCUGAAUUAUUAUGAUUUUGAUUUUACGUUCGGAUGUCCCUUAGGGUGACGUCGGGGCACCAGGCCGUCGCGGAAGAACAGGGCCAGCCGGACCAAAGGUAUUGUAUUUCUUUCUCUCUUACGUCUAUUAUGACUGUUUUUACUUUGGUUUCUACCCAUAUGGGACGGGACUUGGGGUCGAGUGAGAUAAGGACACAAUGAAUUGGCAGGAGAGGGAGAGUUCCCAUCGUAUGGGACGGGAUUAAGGGUCGAGGCGACACAAGGGUACAAUGAAUUGGCAGGAGAGGGAGAGUUCCCGUUAUACGGGACGGGAUAUGGGGUCGAGGCGACAUAAGGACACAAUGAAUUGACAGGAGAGGGAGACACGGUAUGUUCGUUUUUGCUGGAUUAGUGUUUACAUCCUUAAGCAUUAAUAUCCAUAUGCCUAUUCUCCGUACUGUUCACUACACCGUACCUGUGGCACUAGAAAGGAGAAUUUCCGGUGACCUGUAUCAAUUUGCUCUUCGUUUCGCGCCCGUUCAGCUAUUAAAGCAAUAUCUUGACCACCCUUCAACCUCUCUCCCCCUAAAACCAAGCAAUCACACACAAAAAAAAACCUACGUGGUUAUGCUUUGAACAUCACAUAAUCGAUUUUGUGUCAUCUUGCCGCAUUUUUUGUGUGCUUUUUCUUUAUAAUUGCCUCUUUGCAAGACAGUGACACAUGGCAAUACGUGAUGGGCACCGUGGAAAGCCUUGAAACGUGACAUGACGUUAGACCUCUCUUUGUCAAAACUAACUGGUUUGUGGAAUGUCCUUAGGGUUUCUCAGGGGUCAAAGGUGCAAUGGGCGACCUUGGAGAUCCGGGGAAUCCAGGCCCUCCCGGCCCCCCAGGAUCGACGGCCGGGCUACCGGUGAGUUAAAAGCUGUUAAAAGCCAAUGUGCUGUUUCAGAAAAGCUAUUAUCUGGUGAACAAUUACAUUAUACCAUUCACGCAGCCACUUAUAUGUUCUUUCAAAUGUUCAACCUCGCCUUUUGUUAAGAUACCUUUUUUCAUUAGUUUCAUCAUUCUAGAGGUUUAUCAGCUUCUAUUCGACACUCGUAUACUUAUUUCAUGUGUCAACCAACGUAAUUCAGUAUAUAAAAAAAAAUCGAUAGAAAUUUUUGAUCUGUAGGCAGGUAUUUGAUUCACCCUGCAGAGUGUUUGUUACUAUGUUGCAAUAAUUUGUCAGGUUUGGUUUGCGCGAGAGCGAGUUUAGCCUCGUGGCCGCGGAUGACUUGCACUUGAAGUUCAUCUAUUCGUAAUUGAGGCUUUACCAACUUAAUUUCAAUGAAGCGUCCAUACAACCACCACCUAGGUAGGGUUAAUACUACUUCUUAUUCGUGCGGGUUUCUUUGUUUUAUUUUCAGAGUGUACCUGGCGAAAAAGGUCCAUUAGUUCUAGUUAAUGUGGUACCUGACAUUCCCGGCGGGAGGGUAAGUUUUUACUAAGUGGUUCGUUGUCAUGGUCGCAUAUUGUCACAUUUUACGCAACCUUAUGUAUUGUUCAUAUACCCCCCUUCCUCACCUUCAUCUUUUUUAUCUCAGUGCAGUGAACAUUUUACUUGAAAAUCCAUUUACAUUCGAUUAAUUCUCUUCAUUCAGAUCGGGCAGCCAGGAGGCUCUGGGGAUACAGGGCCAAAGGGAUAUGAGGUAAGGAAACGACAAGAUGAUUGUGAAAAUAAAAUCCUCGGUUUAUCAUUGGAAUGUUUUUAAAAAUGGCAUAGUUUGUUUCUCCGAGUUCCAUAGCGGCGCAGAAAAAUUCGGGCAAUGAAUUAAACCGAAAUUGGUUGGCAUUAAUUUGCCACUGAGAUCAUGAUGAAGCGAUUGAAUUUGAGGUCGCAAGUCUUUACUAUACUUAACCUAGAAUUUCACUUUGUGUUGUGAGGAACAGAUUUGAUGGGUACAAGCGAAAAAUAUCAUCGUCAAACACCUGUGCUGUUAUCAGUUCGCUUUUCGGUUUGUUUGUUUUUUUCGUUAUUUUUUUUUUUUUGGUUUUGAUGUUGUUGUUUCGUUGUUGGUGGUCGUCGUUUAGUUUGUGUCUUUGUUUGUUUGUUUGUUUGGUGAUCUGUCCAAGCUGAGCUCCUACCAAUGGAAUGCAGUUAUUUUAAACAGAGAAGUAAGCAAUAAGCUAAGAAAGUGAGUUUCGAAGGGUGGUGUGGUAAUUUCCUUUCCAAUAUUUUUCAGGGGGCUUUCGGUUUUGCCGGAAUAACAGGAAGUCCCGGAGAUGAUGGACGUCCGGUAUGUUAAAGACGCAGCCUAUAUUACUUUAAGCUUUUCACUCCUAAGAUCGCAAUAUGAAUUCUCCUUAUUGUCUUUAAUAUAUAUCCUCAUAUGAUAUUUCUGAGAAUUGGGGUUAAAUCAAACAAUACCUCUGAACUAUUUUACUUCUUAAUUCUCAUCGCCUGCUUACGCUAUCCAUUUACAACAACAAUUCAGUAGGCAUAUUGUUCUCUAUGCGUUUCCUAAGGGUCUCACAAGGAGGAUUUGCAUCAAAAAUAAAGAGCUUCGUGACAUCUCGAUCAUUUUCUUUAUUGUCGUAACCUGUUUGUUUCAGGAGUGAUGCUUUUAGAAGAAAUAUGAUGCAUAUUACUCUUAAGAGUUAAAAAGACAUAGAAGAAAAAAGGGAAAGGAAUUCCCAUGUGUGGGUUCAAACCAUUAGCUAUAAAAUCUCUACUUGCUUUUGUUUUUUUCAGGGAUUUCAAGGCCCCUUAGGUCCUUUUGGAGAGCCUGGCCCGGAUGGUCCAGAUGUGAGUGAUAUGGAUUAGUACUCAGUCUUCUUUUUUUGCGCGGAUAGACUUGGACUAAUUAAUAAUCAGAUUAUGAGUUGUAGAUUUCUAUUACGUGAUGGUAGACAAGGGCGAAGCAUAAAAGGAACCUGUUAGCUCUGCUAAUAUGCAAACUUUUUUAUUCUUUUCCAAGGGACCUGGGGGCCCAAAGGGAAGACCCGGACCUGAAGGAUACAGAGGACGAAGGGUGAGUACAAUUUUGAAUUGUUUCUAAGUGUGCUAUUGUUUAAAAGCAACAAAAAAAUUCACCUUCUUCCUAUUGUGCUUCUGGAACAUUCCAUGGAAGUGACUACAACGAUAAUUGCUCGACCGCAUGGGCAAGUCAUCGAAUACAAUCCCCGUUUUUCAUUUUCGUUGUUGUUGUUGUUUUUUUACUAUCCAGUACAAGGGGCUCCCCCCAAUCUAAUAAGCCCCUUGAAGGCUUAUUACUGUCAUGAGAUUGUUUACGGUUAACAUAAGAAAAUAUUUCGCAGGGACCAAUGGGUGAUCCUGGACCAUUAGGCAAUCCUGGUCCUGUUGGGUCUAAGGGCCGAGAAGGACGAACUGGAAUCGCUGGACAGCAGGGACAGGAUGGUGAACUGGUAGGUGAAAUUUGUCAACAAUUUACGUGGUGGACACAAUGUUAGAGAGCUAAUUAAUUUUUAUCUCAGCAGUGGAGUAAAGGACAAAAACUGAUUCAUUUGUCAUAAUUGUGAGACAAAGAAAAAACUCCUGAAUGUCCGAUCCAGGUAGAAUCCGAACCUUACACCUUUGGAUUACCCGGUUCGAGAAUUGAAUGAAUGAAAUAAGCUUUAUAUUUGAUAGAUGUUGAAAUUUAUUAUUUGUGAUAUUACUGUAGGGUGAUACCGGUGACGUUGGCAAACCAGGACCUGACGGAUCAGUGGUAAGUUCAAAUGAAUGCUCACAUGAUCAUGUCUGAUCACGCCCAAAUACCUCCGAGAACGCCCAGAAAACUUUCAAACACGUUUUUUAGAUGUCUGACACAACUCUUUCUCGGUGUUCUCAGAUCGAUCAUUAAAAAAACCCUUAAAUUUGUUUGUCAUAAGUACUUUUGGCAGUCGAGACUUAAAUAGCAGAAAUCUUUUAGUCAUGCGUAAGAAACGGAGAUGAAAUAAGGUCGAUCAUUAUCAUCUGAAAGCAUGUGAAUCGCGGCUAUUAUGUGAGCGCUAGCUAAUUUAGCAGUCACCAGUUUAAGAGAAGUGAAUCUGCUGGGGCUCAACGAUGAACGUGUGCCUCCUCUAAGUUUUAUGGUCACAUAAUAUAUACAAAAAAAGUAAUGUUGUGUCAAAAUUUAUAUAUUUUUACGUGAGAUACCUCGUAGUUUCCUCUUAAUUCUUAGUAAACUAAUCCCUUCUAGAAAUCUUACAAUCUAUUAUAAACUUUAUGUUAAGGAAAAUAGUUACUAAAUACUCAGUGGUUUUGCAUGUUUUUUAUUUCUGAAAUUGUUCCCUGGAAAACGUGCAAAAUAGUAUUCGCGAAUUCCCCUGCAAAUAUAAAUUUAUCGUUGGGUGUGGGGGGUGGUAUCUCCUCGCGUAUACGGCGUUCGAAUAACGUUCUUUAACAUGCGUAUUCCACGAAAAUGCACACUAUGCCCGACGCCUGAAGAGGUAAACAUUACUAAGUUUAAGUUUUUUAUAUCUUUGUUGAUCUAGGGUAUGAAUGGAUUAAGCGGAGUGAGCGGACGGCCCGGUUACCCAGGCCCUUCAGUAAGAACGCUAUUACUACUUCUUUUUAUGUCAGUUUUUUUGUGUCAAAAUUAAUACCGGAUUGCUUCAGUUUUGGUUUACCUCGGACUGCGAUUGGUCCAAAAAAUGGCGCCAGCUCUUCAACCAAAUAGCUGCAGAAGGGGAACCAAUCACAAACCGGUUAAUCGCGUAUUCCCGUGCCUCAGGCAGUUUGGUUGACUUUGCUUUAAGUUCUCAUUGGCUGCUUAUGAUAUUUUUCUUCGUUGUGAUUGGCUGUUGAGAUUACUUUGGUUCGGGAUUUCCUGCACUCAAUUGAAAAUUUCUCUCUCUCAUUGUCAAGCAGUAAGCAUUUUCAUUCAUCAAUUGCUUGGUGAAUUCUGGUCAGUAACGUGCGGUUGACUUUCCCGCCGAAAUCAAAUUAAAUCAGCUCUGGUGCGAAAAGAUAAUAUGACAGCAUACGCUAAUAUGAUUUGCUAUCAGCUGGCCAAUGUAGACACUAAGAGGAAAAUGCUUUCGUCAUGCGUGUAACAAUACGUCAUCCGACAAGGUAUGAGUUCAUAGCCUCGAACACUUUCGUUAAACUUUCAUCCGAUUAUUUAUUUUAUUAUUUAUUUAUAUUUAUUUUUUAUUAACUACCUAUUAUUUUAUUUCUUCAGGGUUUCGAGGGAAAAGAGGGACCAGCCGGUGCACCUGGAACUCAGGUAUGUUAAUGUUUGUUAUCAUAGUAAUAAAGUUCACACUAAGUAUACUUGCCGAGUGCAAAUAUCAAGUUUCUCCCAUUUGUCCCUUGGAUUUAGUAAAUAAAGACACCAGUAUGCCCACCUGUGGUUGAAAACCUACGAUAUUAAUAACAAAGACUGAUACAGGGUAUCAAAUUUAAGUAUAUUGGGAAUAAGGCAUAAGGCAGUCCAAACAAAUACCAAGAUUUUACGGGGGGGGGUAAGGAUUUCACAAGGGUUUUACUAGGGACGGGCAAUAAGGUGGUAAUGAUCGUAGGUGCAAGCUGGGGGCUUAGUAAAGCGGAGAAAAUCAAAAGAAGCUCAUUUAUACUUUUUCUAAAACGUGAAGCGUUCUUUGAGGAUGAUUAGAGUAUUAAAAUUUUUUUUUUUUACGAGUAAGGAACUUUAAACCUAUGUGCCAUUGUUUUAAAACUUACCAGGGCUUUAAAGGAGGUCCCGGCAGCCCAGGAGCGCCGGGUGAUCCAGGAAUCAAAGGAAGCCCAGGACAGGGAGGUGACACAGGCCUCAUGGGCGAUACCGGACCCACAGGUGAAAGCGGAUCUGAUGGAUUGCCGGGAACUGACGGAGUGACGGGUUCCCGCGGGUCGGUUGGUAAACAAGGGGAAUUUGGAGGCCCGGUAAGCAUGUCAUCGCAAAAAUGAUCCAUUUUUGUGUAUACUGACAUGAGUCAAAUUCAGUUUAGUGUAAAACUCCUACAUUUGUAGAAACCUUUAAGUUUUUGACAUUAAUCUGUCAUUAUUGCAAUUUUUCUGUUUGUUUGUGUAUUACUUUUGUGGCUUUAUUGAGGUUUCGUGUUUGGGUACUUUCAGGGCGAUCCUGGACCAGCAGGACCUACGGGAGGAGAGGGACGUUCAGGAGAAACCGUUAGUACAAGUUUAUAACGUGGAACGAAUACUGUUCACCUUUUAAACCUUAACACUCAACAUCAGUGUAGAUAUUCUCGAUACUGUGCUCUAUACAGGACCCAAGGUGUUGACAAGGAGAAUUGGUUUAAAAUUUAAUGAUUUCCUUUAUUCUCGUAACCUUAAUGUUUGAUUCAGGGGUGAUAUUGUGCGAAGAAAUUAGAUGCUAGUCACUCUCAGGGGGUCAAAGGGUUGCAUGCCAACCAGAGGAAUUGUUUCUCACAAUGAAUUGAUAGAACCGUGUCUCUAUAUGCAGCCGUUUCAAGUGUCAACAUUUGUACGUCUACGGAGUCUUUCGAUUACAUUUGAUUCAUAUGCACAGUUUAAUCUUAUUUCCUGUUGAUUUCUAGGGCAUACCGGGGGAUCUUGGACCAACAGGCGGCAAAGGAGCAAAGGUACUGUUGUGUAGUUUUGUAGAAUUUGAACUGAAAACAAAUUAAAAGCAACCCCUUCAUGCAAACCUUUUUUCAAACGAAUCGUGAUAGUAGUUGCUAUGAUUUUAUCAAUCAGACUAUCUGUUUUUUGAGUAAUGUGCCAGCCAUUUACUUCUUUUUUUAUGCGUACUUGAUCUUAAAAUAGUGUUCAUGCAUUUUGGACAUGUUUCCUUUUCAGGGUGAGCUCGGAAGACCAGGAAGCACGGGAUCCACUGGCGAUAAAGGACCAGCGGUAGGAAUAGAUUAAUUGCCUAUUUUGGAAGAAGCACUUUAGGCCAAGAUAUGUAGGACAAGGCAACGGUUAUUUAAAGGCGUUCAAUCUUGUGACACCUAAAUACUUCCUUUCUGAUCUCGUUCCUUUGGUCCCCUUGUCUUCUUACCGUUUUAGAAAUUUGGGAUUCGGGAUUCGGGAUUACGGGACAUAACUGUAAUAAAACAAUAGAGACAUGCUGAAAAAUUAGUUUGAAACAUACAGCGUUUAACUCAAAGAAUAUGCAUGUUCUUCUCAUACGAAGUUGUCCUUUUAGGGUCUUGCGGGACCAAAUGGUGCCCGAGGAUUUCAAGGUUCGCCCGGUAAACAGGUAGGAUGGCCUCACUGCUUAUGACUUCCAUGCAGGUUUUUGAUACGUCGCUUAACAUUCCUUACUCUUACUGAGACGAUCAGGAUACUCGACAAACUGAUGCUUCCGGUUUCAAAUCGUUUACUUUACGAUUCACGAAGUAAAAUCUAUCUUGGUAGUGGUGUAAUUUAGCUGUAGGAAGACUGAGCUUAAUAUCCUUCAAAUAUUUUGCCUACAGUAAACGACUUUACGGCGUGCGAAGUCAUACGAUAAAUCGCGUGUGUGCUGGAUGAUGGAUUGUUAUUCGAAGUACACUAGUAAAUAAAACGUUCAAAGUCUCAUCUUGGAUGUGUUUUUUAUCUUUCAAUUUUUUAUUUCCAACAGGGUGGCCGUGGCGGAGCGGGCAGUCCCGGAAGAAAUGGCGAAACCGGACAAAGAGUGGGUUAAAUUGCUUUUACGCUUCAGAUUCCCCCUCAAAUAGAAUUGCGAUGUUUUUAUCGCAAUAAGGAACUUUUAACAAAAUGAUUGUAUUAAAGACAGACAGAAGCAGUUAAUGCUGACGACGGCAAAUAUCACACUCUAACAAAGUUGACUGCCUUUGCGUUUUCUGACAGGGAGUGCGGGGUAGUGAAGGAGAUCCGGGUGUUAUGGGUGCAAUCGGAAUAACGGUAGGAAUAACUUUAUACUCUUUUCAUUAACUAUGCCAUAAAACUUGGCAUAUUUAAUGUUCCUUUUAAUACAUUAUUUUUAAAACAAGCAUCAGCCAUGACAUUGUUUUCAAUAUCGACGCCCAUGAGGCUCUUCUACUUAUAAGUUGAGGAUAACUUUAAGUUUGAGCCCACAGAUUAUAUUCAACUGUCGAGAGUAGUGAGAAAAUACCCGUUUCACUCCCAGAUUUAAUACUCAUUUGCAUCAUUACAUAUUGUAGGGAAUGACUGGAGGACGUGGGGGACGAGGAUCCAGAGGCGUUAAGGGAGAUGGGGUAAGUGUUUAACCAUUUAAUUCAUCGCUUCUUAUGACACAGUCGUCCAAGGUUAUCACGUGAUGUUUUCACUUGUAGCGCAAGUGUAUCCUUGUGUUUUCAGUUUUUCAUUUCAUUUCUAUACAUAUUUCUGUUCCUUUAGGGUGCUUCAGGCUUACGCGGUCCACCAGGAAUAACUGGAUCAAGGGUAAGACUCAAAUAACAAUUGAUCAGAAAAUACACAGACGUAGUCGCAUAUUACCAAGAAACACUCUGAAAAUAGUUGUACCUUGAAGAAACAUUGAUGUUGGAGACAGCUGCAGCUUCAUUCGAAUUUUCGCUUCACGGUACACGAGAUGACGCUUAGUGAGCACAUGAUUUGAAAAUGAACUGCAAUUAAAAAUACUUCCUUUAUAGGGGACUUUAUUUUGACACAAAGUCAGCUAAUAAACAUCAUCACGUGUGAUUUUUGAUUUGAUAGGGUUCUGAGGGCAGACCAGGAUCUAGUGGAGUUGCAGGCGCACCAGGAAGUUCGGUAUGUUUUUAAUAUGUAAAGUACAAAGUGCCCUAGGAGAGCGGUAUCUUAUUACAUAUUUACAGUGCAUUUUGCAAAUAUAAUGUCACUAAAUACCCUUUAAUAAUGAUUGGCUCUUUUUAAAAAAUAUUUUUAAUAAUUUAUUGAUUGAUUUGGGUUUUGUUAUAGGGCGCUAAAGGCGAUGAUGGUUUUCCAGGAGAGGACGGUUCACCGGUAAAGCCAAAAAAAUGACCAAAUUGUUGGAAAGUUAUCCAAACUAAGUCUUCUUGAUGACAUAUUUAUUGAUUUAUUUCACAGGGUUUUCCUGGUAGAUCUGGAGGCGUUGGACUUGUUGGUAUGAAAGGAGUUGAGGUAGGGUAGCGAGCUUCGCAGCGCAAUCUUCUCGAUGAGGAAAAGACGACAAUUCUUAAAACCUUAAAUUUUGUUCUAUGUGAAAGUCAUUUCUUUAAGUAAGUUCUUUAAUCACAGUCAUCCUGUUUUGACUGAAUUUGUGAAAACUACAUCAUUCAAGUAAGACUUAUAUUCGACGAAAUGUGAGUCGGUUGUCCUUUGUACUAAGCGAGUGUUGUGUUGCCUGCCUUAGUAAGGUCCGAGUUAAAUGUUCAUUUUCCUUAUUCUUAUUUUUGCUUUAAAUCAAAGGGAAUUGUUGGAAAUGAUGGAAGUCAAGGGGAACGAGGAUCAACUGGACCAAAGGUAUGGUCGGUAAAGAAGGUUAAGCUACGUUAUUGAAUAAUCGCUGGGAGUUUUCUAAAAGUAAGGCACAGAGCUAAGAUCGUCCUCGCCAUUGUUACUGUCAUUAUCAGCGUCAUCAUCAUUAUAAUCUUCGACUGUUGUCAAUAUUGUUCUAAAGAUGCCAUUUAUCUCGCCUUGUUUGUCAUGGAGCACGCUCUAUUAAGCUCGCUAAAGUUAUAUUAGGAUGCAGGUGAGGAGUCUGCAUCGUCUAUUUGCCUUCAGGUAAGGAUCAGUGUCAGGCAUAACCUGGUUUAUUACGUUAACAAGUUGAGAAGUUGUCUCGUAGACAAGCGUUCUGGAUGAUAUAAUGUGAACAGCUGGUUCUGCUGCCAGAGAAGCAGAUAUCGAUACAUCCUUAUAGCAUUUUUUAUUUUGUUUGAUUUUUUUGUUUUUCAAUGGUUUAUUUAGGGUGAAUCAGGUGCCCCAGGAGGUCAAGGUGCGGCAGGGGCAUCAGGAACCAUGGUAGGAAAAUAAAAAACAUAAAUGACGUUUCCAUGGCCACAAACGAUUAGUACCGUGUCACUCGAGCAAUGAUUGUGUCCGUUGUUUGUCCCCCACAGGGUCUCCAAGGUCCUGCAGGGUCCCAGGGAUCAACUGGGGACGUUGGUGAUGAGGUAAGAUUAUCGAAAUUUUAUAUCUUUCUUAAUGUAUGUGUGGAUUUUUGUUAAUCGAAAUUAAAUCUCUCAACUCCUAGGGAGCUCCUGGUUCUGCCGGUGAUGCGGGCUCAGCAGGAUUCAGUGGCCGCCAGGUGAGUCAAUGGAUGAGCGGUACAUGUGAUGUGAUGUGAGAUUCCCGCUCGAAAAAAAAGUGUUAUUUCAAUAUAUUUCACAGCUCUUUAACUUAAACAGCACGAUACACUCAUUGGCUGGGAGUAUCCGGAUUGGGUGGACAAAUUUUCAAAGACAGAACACCUAAGAUACAUUAGGAUAACUUCUGCGUUUUAAUUAAACCUUUUUUCAUGAAAGAUUUCUUUUACACCUUUCAGGGGCCCAAAGGAAGCUCAGGUUCUAAUGGAGUUUCUGGGAAAAGAGUGAGUACUAUUUGAAAAAUCAGAUUUGUAACAAGUUUCUUUGCAUACCCAGCUCUCCAAAAAAUGGCAUUUUAUCUUUCCAUUGUUGAUCCUUUUUUCUCGUUUUUUUGUUUACAUAAACAGGCUUUGUAGGUCUAUUUUUUUUUUGGCUCAAGAUUUUGACCCACUUUUCAUAUUGGAGAUUUCAACGUAAUUUUGAUUCCUAAAAAAACAAUGAUUUCCGAACAGUAUGAUGAUAUUGUGCUCAAAGAAUCCAACAGAAACGCGUACAAUUAUAAUCCUGUGACCUGGGAAAUAUUUUCAUCUCAACAUGUGCAUUGCUUGCGAAGCUAAACUGUCGUAAUUUGUGUCUUUGAUUGUUACUUUACAACCAAAGUCUCAUAAAUGUGGGAUUUAUCCUUUUGUAGGGAAGAGCUGGUGAACCUGGCCUUAACGGAGUAAAUGGAGAUCCGGUAGGUUUUAAAAUUCUUUUCUAAGAGGGACAAAACUUCAGGACCCUGUGUGGACCCCUGUGUUUUUGUGUGCGUGCGUGUGUGUGUGUUUUUGUUUUGUUUUGUUUUUGUUUUUUUUUUAUCGUUUGCAUAAAUCCCUAUCCGGUGAAUAGCGCAGUACGUUUUGUCAACACUCAUUCGUUUUGUAUACCUUUACCUAGAUCCACUUUUAUCGUAUUUUUGGCAGGUACAUAUGGGGUCAAGAUAAAUUCCUUUAAGUUUCUGUGUCAAAAUCCUAGUUAAAUAUUUAUGUUUUUCUAAGGUAUUGGUUUUCGUGAAAUCUCUAAGAUCGUUGUCAAAAGAUCCUGUCUAGUAUUGCCAAAUUCCGUGAGGGAUUUAAAAGAAAGUCCCAUCUAACAUAUGCUGCUUUUUAAACUUAAGUUUCUAAUCUCCAUGAAUGAUUCGAAAGUUAAAUACCCUGACGGAGGACACGUACCAGAACGUUUUUUUGUUUACUUAAUACAGGGCUUGCAAGGAUUAGCUGGACUUCCGGGAGACGAAGGAGGCAUGGGAGAACCUGUAUGUAACGCUUUUAUACGUGAGCUCUUGCAGUCCUCGGAUGUUGAGUUUCAAUUUUUCUUUCAGUUUACCACAAAUUUGUGAUGAAGUUGCUUAUAGCAAUUUUGUGUUGAAGCAAUAAAUGUAUUUUCUUUGCUAUUUUUUUUUAUUUUUUAUUUUUCAUUCCCCCCAACUCUUUGUGGAAAGUUCCAUGAUCUUGUCAAGGAAAAGAAAAUUCGUUGUUCAAUCCUACGAUAGAAAGUGGUCAAAUCAUAAAUCUGUUAUCGUUUCACUGCAAUUGUCAGUAAUUUGACGAAGAAGCAAAAUAACUUGUAAAAUAAUUCAAUGUAUACAUCAAUAUCAUUGCGGGCACAGCUUAGGCAAUGUGGACUAGGAUAUAACAUAUACAUACAUAUAUAUAUAUAUAUAUAUAUAUAUGUACACGUUGUAUAAGUUUAUCUAAAUCUAAAAUAAUGAAAAUUUAAAAAUAAUAAUAAUAAUAAUGAAAAGUAACCAAAAAUACACUCUUGAAUGUUAUUACUAUUAUUAUUAUUAUUAUUAUUAUUAAAUUAUUCAAACGAUAUCUCCAGGGCUCCAUGGGACCCGUAGGUGCAGCUGGUGUAGAUGGAUCUCGUGGAAUAAGUGUAAGCAUAAUCAUAUUUAAAGUAUAUGCUACUCCUCGAGUUAUUUUGUGAGAUUUUAUUUAUUUGUUUGAAAUCCGGGUAAUCCUCUAAAACAGAUUGGCUCUCGCCACUAUUAUCUGCUUGGCGGAAAAAAUGAUUGAUCAGAUUUCGGCGGAGUAAUUUAUCAGCAAAAAUUCAUGUCAAGUUCUUAAUUGAUUUCUGUGUCUUUAUAUUGCUUAUUUUACGACUGGAUUCGUAUAAUAUUGUAACAAUUAACCAAUACUAUCCAACACUAAUCAGGCAAUAGUAUUGAGCCAUUUCAAACUAGAUGCUAAGUAGUGGUUAUUGAACUUCGAGUCGACAGAUUUUUUGUCUGAUAUCAUGAGUAUGAUUUCUGCCCAAUUUAAACCUAUUUCAAUUACUGUUAUAAAUUUGCUUCUGGGUUAGACCUUUUGAUCAUGUUGCUAUGAAGAUUAUGAUCAGUUUUUCUAUUAUUCGUCCUUCUAGGGCGGUGCUGGAGCUACUGGUCCUGUUGGAGCAGCGGGUAGGAGAGGAGAAGCGGUAUGUAUCGCUUUUAUUAACAGUGAAAUGACUUUUGAUCAAAUUAAAAGAUUAAUUUUUCGUAAGAUUUGUGAUAUUUGUGUGUUUAUUUUAAAAAGGGCGAUGCUGGACCGACCGGCAGAGUUGGGAGACCUGGACCGAUGGGACAACAGGUGAAGUGUCUGAAACAGUACAGGAUAAAGUUUUCAUUCCAUACCUUUAGUCAGUUCCGAUGAAACCGUGAUUAUAACAUUUUGGACUUCAAAGGAACAAACAACCCGCAAAAAUUAAAUCGCUUCUUAAAUUUAGUUUUUGCGUAUCCCAGUUGGUUGUGUCGCCUUACUAGCUCAUUCGGGUAUGAAUUCAGGUUUUAUUGAAUGUAGUCGAAUAAUUUUCUAUUAAGGUGUUUGUUUGAAUUAGUCGCUUUGGACUGUAGUCUUGCAUGGCAUAUAUUUAAGGAGAAGAGUAAUAUCAGGUGCUGAACUGCCUCUCUCUAAUGUAACAGGGCGCUGAGGGUGAACCUGGCGAAGCAGGAGAAACUGGAAUUCGAGGACCUAAUGUGAGUUCACAGACUGAGAAAAUUACUCAGCAGCAUAAUCAUAGAAUACUUAUCACUAAUUCGUAAUAUCAUAAUGUGUUCAUUUAACUUUUAACUCCAAAUCUGUCGUUACUAGAGCACAUCCAUGCUCUGUACAGAGAUCAGAACUCAUAAUUGGUAUGGAAGAAAUUCUGAAAAAUGUGAAAGUUUCUAACGAUCAGCACCAUGAUUUGAAUGUUAAAGAAAUGAUCGAGGGUUAUUAUUACAUUAAUCUCCUUAGGAGACUUUCCAUGGGUUUCACUCUCAUAAUCGUCUAAAAAAGGCGCGUCAAAAUUAAACGAUGAGAUGAGCAAACCAGAAUGAGAGUAGUUAUUAACUUAGGACGUACCAACGUGUAAUUGACGGACCAUCUUAAUGCCGAUCAAAACACACCUCCAAGGCAACCAGAAUCCUGGGUAUCUUCCUUAGCAUAUACGUACCUCAUAUUAGCUAUUGUGAAUGUGUUUCAGGGUGUCUCUGGCGAUCGUGGUCUCGCUGGCACUCCGGGACAAAGUGGAGCAGAUGUAUGAAGUCCUCAAUCGUAACAACUAUUUUCAUUUAUUAAUUAACAAACAAAGAAGGAUUUCACGUCACUAUUAUGAAUGAUUUAUUUAACAUUGAUGUACGUGAACUUCUAUUUCAAAUAGAAAGGACUCAUCGGCAAAUUACCGCGUGCAAUUGGAAGCACAGAUGUUUCACGUUAUGCCAAAAUUGGUAGAAGAGUGUAUCGAUAUUUCCUUUUUUUUAUUAACACUUAAAAUGUUAUUUGUCCUCGCCAGUUCACAUAUCCUUCUUGUCUCUAGAUACCCUUUUUUGAUUACAUGUGUUUAUUAUGAUCCGAAGCGUUAACUAUGAAUCUCCUCUCCUUCAACUAUUUCAGGGUCCACAAGGGGACCCGGGAGCCCCUGGUGCGUCUGGCUUUGAAGGGAAAAUGGCAAGUGAAAUGCUUAACUUUUAACGUUACAAAUUUCUUCUACUUUCCUGAUACAAUUAUUCUGUUAAAAGUCAUGAAAAAUGCAUAUACAUUCCUCAACUGAUCAGUUUCCCCCCACCUCGUAGUGCCGACGAGGUAAACGAUCUUAGUCAUCAACAGUGUUCAAAUUUGAGUUUAAAUAUCAUGGGUGUGUAUGUUUAAAAACUGGUUAUACGUAGCAUAACGUAAUUUCUGCUGUAAAGAAACAAACAGCUUCGCAUCUUUGAUCGCCCUAGGUGAAUCUUCAUUGUUUAAUAUGUAAAUUCAUAAAUGGUUAGAUUUGGACGGUUAUGAGGUAUUAUCGUUUGUCUCCCGAUGUGUAUCGCGACGUUUCUACUGCAUACAGCUAGUCUUCGUGAAACGAUAAGGGCCAUUGAUCACCAUCCAAUCUUUGAAGCAUCGUACUCCACUUCAAUUGGCUUAUUGUAUUCAGCUGUAAUUUUCACAUUUCGAAUACAUUCUCCUUAGCGCACGCUGACCAUGUCCUGUUGCUCUGUUACUUAAUAGAGGGAAUCCAUGCCGCUGGAAAUGUUUUCCACUGUUCCUGUAAAAGUUUCUGUUAGAGUUAAGAAUCACCUGAGCCAAACCAUUUUACUUUAUUUAUAUCGUUUUCACCUCGAUGAAAACUGCAACCCUUAUUUACGCUAUCGAGCUAAAGGUGUUAAAAUGGCCGCAAUGUAUUUUUAUUUCAGGGCAUGAUUGGUUCCAUUGGAGAUCAAGGGCCAACAGGUCUUAAAGGAUUUAGGGUAAGUUAACGUCAAAUACAAUCUUCUUUGUACCUAUAUGCAACACAUUACUGCAUCACUGGAAUUUCUGAGAGUUUUACUGUAUUUCGGUGAAAAUCUGGAGUUAAUCAUCAUUUGCUUUUAUGUCCUUUUUUUUUCCGAAGGGUCAAGAAGGAGCCGCCGGAUUACAUGGGAUCAGUGGAGAUACAGGUUCUCAGGUACAUACUGACUGCUCAAUCAUAAAAGAGCCUAGAUAAAGUUUCCUUAAGCCCGCUGUUACCUUCCCCUUCCUUUCUUUCUGUCUUUAACUUUUCCACUAAGGCAGACAUGCUUCCUUUAACCACCUGUGGAGUCAAUAAAAUUGUUUUUUUAAUUUUUUUUUUCGGGGGGGGGGGAAGGCGGUGGGGUAGGGGGAUAGGGAGUGACAUUGAAAAAAAAAAAAAGGACCAGGGGCCGAGACCGUUGGAGUUCAUAAUGAAGAUUUUUGUAUGACAGGAGAAACAUUCGUAAAUAAAUGAUACAUUAGCUCUUGAAUAUUCGCUCACUACUAUUGCUUUAAAGCGUUAUAUGAAAAGUUCCGACACAUUUCCUUGCUAAUUCACCAGUCCAAAAAUGGCACGCUAAGAUGAUUUUAACCCUAUGCACUGACAUACGAACGUCCGGACGGGCGGCCGGGUGGUGCAAAUUAUUCCUUAUGGAAUUUGUCAAGGAGCCUUGACCAGUUUAUCUUGCUAAUGUGUACCGCGAACAAUCUCGUGUGAUAAGCUGCAAGUGUAACUGUGUCUCCGCUCUAUGAUUAGGGAGCUCAAGGUGUCAUGGGUCAAAAGGGAUAUCGUGGAGAGGAAGGCGACAGCGUAAGUCGGAAUCUAUUGCACUAAUAAAUUGAAGUUUAUGUGCUUUUUACUUCAUAGGUUUCACAGAAAUGACAGUUUUUUCUAGAUACUCACACUGUGAGUAACCCGCAGUGUGAAUUCAUUAAACAAGACAUCUCAUUGAAUAUUACCUAGAGCUUACCUUUUCUGUAACCAAACGAACGAUCAUUUAAAUUUAAACCAUUGACUGCAUUUAAGAAUCUUAAGGUCUAUACUUACUCUUAUCAUUACAGGGAGGACCAGGAGGACCCGGGGCAACGGGAAUGAUGGGAGAACCUGGACCAGCGGUAAAUUUAAUGAAUUGACCUUUCUGUAACCAAUAUAACGCAGGGUUGCUUAUUUUAUUUUCACACAUGCGCGUUUUCCUUAGGGAGGGGCUGGUGAUCAAGGAAGUAGUGGAAAAACUGGUCGCAAUGGAAAUAAGGUAAUGUCAUGGCUCUAGGAAUUUUUGAUUUUUCUAAGUGAUUAGGUGUACGGCAAGGGGCUGUGUAAAUCCAAAGGACUGUAUCCUUAAAUUUCUAUACUUUUCAGAGCCACUUUAACAUUUUCAUUUGAAUUGCAUAUUUUUAGGGUGCUGUUGGUGAUCCUGGUCCCCCAGGAGACAACGGAGGCAGGGGCUCACCGGUAAGAGCUUCUUAAUUGUUCGCAUUGAUGUGUCCUGCAUAAGUGACAUCUUGACAAUAAGACAGGAGCAUUAAAUGAGUACAUAGGCUACAAAAGGGGAUUGGGGUGAUCUGCAAUCUAUGAUGAGAAACCUAACGUUAUCAAUGGUGUUAACUUUAAGCUAGCCUAUUGACCCUGAAUGCUUUUCCUUUUUCGGUGUUACUUGUAAUGUCAGCAAUUUCGAUGUAAAAGAGUUCAACAAUUUCUUGCAUUCCUGUUUGAGCUCUGGCCCAUAUGAAUUUUGUUGUCAUCUUGCAUUCAAGGAGACUAAUGAAAUUUUUUUUUCCAAUUUGCUGUACAGGGAGCCCAGGGCCAGCCUGGACCUCCUGGUCCACCCGGAACUGCUGGGUCAAUUGUAAGUGGAAGAUAGUUUGAAAGGUUCCCUCAAUUUUUUCCUGCAAGUGAAGAUAAUUGUGGUUGAAUUAUUAUUCUAGUUAAUGUUAUUCUUCAUUUUUCUUUUUCCCUUUUUUAAAAAAAUAGCUUCCUACGACAAUGCCCUUGCAAAAUUGCAAGAUCAGUCAGAUGGCUAGGUGGAAGAUUGUAUACAUAAACGAAAAAAGUUUUUUUUUCUUUUGCAACGAUUGUGGGACAUUAAAAAAUAAGGAGAAAAGAGAUUCUCUUUCAAUUGGAUCUAAAACGUCCUUGCCAACGCUGGUAUGGAGCACCAAUGAACCAUUGGUGACAAGGACGUUGACGUCACCGCCAUUUACUCUUGUGAUUUGAUUGGCUUAUUCACCAUGGUGUAUGAGCCGUUAUUUGUCUUACUUUUUUCGCAGGGCGAUUUUGGCUUAGAUGGAGCUGCGGGCUACUCAGGGCCAGUUGGAAUGAGGGUAAGUGACUUUCCUCUGACACGAAAAAUAUCCGUUCAGAAGCCCUUUUCUCGAAAGUCCCGGUAACUAAACGGGCCUGAAACCAUAUUUUAAAAUCAAAUUUGAAUAAGUAGUAGUUUCUGGCAUCCUAACCAGUCCAUUUUGUUUCUUUAAUUGUUUGUUAUUUGGUGGGGUUUUCAAAACCUUUGAAACCCCCAUCUGGAAUAAAAAUUAAAACAGCUUUACGGGGCCGUAAAGUCACCAGGACUAUCGAGAAACGGACUCUAGGGCCAGAGAGACUCAACAUUUUUUUUUUCCAGGGCAAUGUUGGACUGAUUGGUAAGGCAGGAAUCCAAGGUGUAGCGGGAGCAAAGGUACAGUUGAUUUAACCCUUCAAACUCUAGAGAUCUCAUAAAUGAUUCUCCCUUCCGACUGCUGUGAAUUUUCUUGGAAACUAAUCAGUAGAGAAUAUUUGAUGUUAUCUGAUAAGCUGAUAGGUUUUUUUUUUUUCUAAUGAGCUAUUCGCUGGAUACUGUGUUAAAAUUGUCAGGGAAAGUAACAAUCGAACCACUUCUGAGAGUGAGACGGUUAAUGUUACCAGCAUCCAGCUAUGGAUCAAAUUAUGUGUGAUUUAUACAGCAUCGUUCAUGAUACAAAAUUGUAAAAAUACCGAUUCUGGAACGGGAUUUUAAAGACAGACUUCUUGGCUAUUUCCAAUAUUUGUCGAUGAACAAGGGAAUACGAAUCAAACCCUUUCAGAACGUUUACUGAGUCAUGAGUCAUCCCAAAUCUCAGGUUUCCUUUCCUCGGAUUACGCGUCCAUGACACUGCAGCUGAGCCACCCUGCCUGGGGUUGAGUAGUCGAUUAUUGCGUGGUUAAGGGGUCUGUGAUCAGCUUCACUUGAGAAUGGAGUGUGUGCUUUCUUAAUUGAUGAAUUAGACUUUAACUAAAAUCAUCAGUUAUCGCCGUUCUCAGAAGAAUGUUUUCGUAUAAGGAACAUACACAUGUAUGAUGGUGAGAGAAACUCGCUGAAAUUCAAUUUUCUUGGCUAUGAAAAGACAAAAUGGCCCACUACAGGCCGCUCAAGAAAAAAAGAAGAUCAUAUUUCAUUGCAACCUAUUUCAAAAGUUGAACAUGAUUUCAUUUCGGUUAGCCGAAACAAUAUCACGUUUACGUAAUAUUUUCAAUGUUUCACAAUUUUUUUUGCUAGGGAGAAAUAGGAGAACAAGGAAAGGAAGGAAUAGACGGAAAAGCUGGCAUAGAUGUAAGUUUAUCUUCUUGUCAUUGCUCUGAAAUGAUGAAGAUUUAUAUACUGUGGUAACUUCACGAGAAAAAGAAAACCAUUCUCUUUGAAUUCAUCCUGGUUAAUUUUUUUUUUGUUGUUGUUUUUUUUUACAGGGUGAGGUAGGAGCAGCUGGCUCUCCAGGGAAGUCUGGCGAACGCGGUUCCACUGUAAGUAUUUUGUUGCUCGUUUUGUCCUCUUUUUGUUUGUUUUGGUUACAUUGCACUAAGUGUUUUUGAAAAAGGGCAACUCGUUGAAAAAAGGGUCUGCCAUCAGAUCGCCCCAAUUGAGCAGCAGUAUUAUCUCAGUAAUCCUUUCUUUUUCUUGUUUUGAAAGCGUUUGUAGGCAAUCAAAGGAUAUAGCUUAAGGUUCAGUUUCAUUUGCUGUUCUGCUUUCCCUUUAACUGAAAACCAUUUGAACUCUCUUUUCGUCACAGGGAAGUCCUGGUGAAUCUGGUGUAGCAGGACAACGUGGAAGAGAUGGAUCUAAGGUAGGGCUCGUCAAGAAAAAUAAGCUUCCUGAACUUUCAGUAGUUUUACAGCUAUUUAUCUAGUCUCUAUGUUGGCAUGCUCUCCUUCGAGCUGUGUUUAUCUUUUUCUUCAUUAAUCAUAACCAUUACAAAUUCCCCAAUUCUUAUUGGUGCCUUUGCAACUUCAUUUUGCACUAAUCAUUCUGUACAGUUGAAAUCGGAUAGUGUAAUCGGACAGUUGGCUGUAAUCGGACAGUUGGCUGUAAUCGGACAGUUUAAGCAGUCAAUCAUACUAGGUCCACUCAGCUAAAUCCACCAAUCACAGAAUUGAUCACAAUAACCACAGCAACAACCACUUAUCCAAAGAAAAACUAGGCAAUUUCCAAAAUGGAGGAAUUUUUAACUAAAGACAUUGUCUCCACUGGAGAUAUUUGUUCUAGGUGUAUUUGUUUUUUCGGAAAUUGAAAUGGUUAUGAUUAAUUGGUAACAGGAUUUCUUGCAGUCCAAUUCUGUCUGUAAUCAUACUCGUGAUAAACAAAUCGGACUCCCGCUUCGCGGUCGUCCGAUUUUAUUAAUCACUCGUGUGAUUACAGACCGAAUUGGACUCCACUCAGUCCUAUUACCACUAUAUAUAUAUAUAUUUAUAUAUGUAUUCAUUUCUUUUUUAUUGAUACAUGUGAACAUUCAUUCUUUCAUUUGUCUGUUUAUUUAUCAUUCUUAUUACCAACCCAAGAAAUUCUUCAUUGUUAAACAAGUUCUUCUUGUCAGCACCUAAGGAAAUGUAUAGAGAACAGUAUGGAGAAUAUACUUCCUGAUUUUCCGUUGUAAAAGAUUAAAGCACUUGCUAUUUAUGGACUUACUUUGCGACGAAAAUCACACACCUCCCUCCCCUUCACAAUUUUUUCUGUGAAGGUGUCAUAGCUGUCUAUUAGUUAACGUUGUAUUAAUGUUAGGAGCAGGGGUGGGGAUCGAGAUGCAUUUUUCCCAAGUUUCCUGGAUACUCUUGGUGAUAUUGUUUCAGCGAGCGGAUGACUUUUUGUUUGACAGCCGAAUAACCCUUGCCUAUCACUUUUCAGGGCCUUGACGGCGACUUGGGAGCAGCUGGAUCACAGGGAGAUGUUGGUCCAACUGGACCGGAGGGUCCAAAAGGCGAAGAAGGAGCCACUGGAACCGAAGGCACUGUGGUAUGUUCAAUAUUCAUAUAGACAACGCUUUCCUGUUUUAAUUACUAAGUGUUUGAGGCUGCUUUGAACUUUGUGCGGCUUUUGUUGUAAAGAAAGAAGUCCAUUGGAACCUCUCUUUGGAAAAGGUUUUUUUUUAGCCAUUUAUUCAGCCCCAUUUAAGGGCCACCAAAUUUAAUCCUAAUUGUGACCGUUGCUGCAGAGACGCUGUUAUUCAGGGGACACUUUUUACAGUCUCGUAAGCAUCCCUUGGGUUGAGGUUACGUUUAAUCUGUUACCCUCACUGAAGAGGCACUUCUAGUCAAGUUACACUUUUUCUGGUUCCGAUAUGUUUGUAAUAUAGUCAUUGUAAGUUUCCCAGAGGUCCACAGAGAGUCGCGUGGGGUAGUCGCACGAGACAUUGCCUGGUGUUAAACCCCUUGUUUGAUAACACAGUCCUAAUGAGAAGUAGAACCCCGUUCCGUUUUGUGAGGCAUUUGAACCUCAAAAGAUAGCUCACCACAACCAGGAUUAAUCUAGCAUCCUCUUUCGCGGUAACUUACAAGUUAAUUCUUUUACUGAAAGAGAGGGUUAAGAUCAUGAUUACAUUGUGUCAUCGAAGUGCGCCGUUGUAAAAGAGGUUUGGUAUGUGAGGGGUUCAUUAAUUCAUAAAUUCAUUCAGGGUUAGGGUUAGUCCUUGUUUUCUCAUACAAACCACUCAUUCGCGUGUCUUGUUUUAGGGUGUUCCAGGUCAGCGUGGCUCGCGAGGAUCUGACGGCAACCCUGGUGCCACGGUGAGUCGAUUAACCUAUACAAGGCAGUUUCAUCCGGUUUUUCCGGUUUCAGCCUCUUAUAUAGUUAAAUUAACUUACUCUUGACGUAUUUAGCCUACCAAUGUAGUUCUGGUUGCUUGUUCACACCAAUUUGGUUGACAUGACAUGAUAUACCUAAGCAUUAAAUUCAAUAAGACCAACGUAAUAUUUUAAGAAACCAAUUUUUUAUAAUACUUUUUUUCCCAUUUUUAUUAAUAAUUCCAGUUUUCUUUUGUCUGAGUCCAGGGCGAUCCUGGAGAAUCAGGUGAUGAUGGAAACGUCGGUUCAAGAGGACAAAAGGUAUCAUUAGAAUCCUUGAUGACUCAUUCUUUUUUUUAUGGAUCAUUUAAUUUAUUUGGUUAUGUAUUUAUCUGUUUCAUUUCGCCUAGCACACAAUGUAAAAUAAUGUUAACUACAAACAUUUAUGUCGAGAAUAUCUGAGAAAAAACAAAAUGAGGUUCCCUCACAAAAAAAUCAAACAAAACGUUUUUGACAAGAUAUUGUUAUUUGUAACAUCUGUGUUCUAUUCUUUGACAUUAGAUUUUUAAUUUUUUGAAGGAUGUAAAGCGUAAAGAGCCAAAACUCCUAGGCGAAAAGAGAGCAGAUGUAUAAAAGUUUUCUCUUUACGUAUUUUAAUUUCUAGGGAGACGCGGGUGAUACGGGUGACACGGGCCCAGACGGGAGCCUGGGACCAAAGGUAGGUCGUGGCUUAAAAUCUUUUCAUUUAACGUUACUCAGUGAGGAAAUUUUCGGUGCAGGAAUGGGAUGAUAAAUUUUUAUUUUUGGUAGGUACACUUCAACUCCAAAGAAAUAUGUUUAUUGUGUAGUCUGCGCAUAAGACGUCGAGUUGAACAAGAAGCUUAAUCUAUUGAUGCAGUAGGACACGCAUACUGAUCUACAACAAUUCUUCACAUCAUUUGAAACAAUUAUCCACAGUGAUAUAUGGUUGUCCAGUUUUGUAACUUUGCCCCUGGACCCAACGAUCCUUUGAUAUUUCGCUAAUGCUCAUAUGGAUAUUUCAACCUUAGGGUCAAAAAGGCUCCAUUGGUCCACGAGGAGAUAGUGGGUUAGAAGGAGCUGUGGUAGGCUGUCAGCUGUUAUUAUUCAUUUGCCUAUUUGUUAAUGUAUUUUCCAGCAAAAAGAUAUUUUACCCUCUGACUUAAAUUAAGCGUUACGGAAUUCAAUAUAUCCAGUGCGUUUCAGGUGCAGUGCUCAUUGAAGAAUCGUAAAAUCGUUUUAUAGAAAUCAUGACGAAAAACGUUUUUUCAUAUUUAAACUUAAUACAAUCAUUUGUUACAAUGGAAUGGCCUGCAAGCAGGCGAACAGAUAAGCGCCACGUUCCUAGCUGCGGCGUUCAUCGAAUAAACAUGGAAGCUCACGAAUUAAGUUUAAUUUACUAAGGGAUUUUUUUUGUCUUCUGCCCAGGGUGCUGAUGGGCCACGUGGUCGGGUCGGUGAAAGAGGGGACGAAGGUUUUGAAGUAAGUCAAAUACAUGGGUAUUUUAUUUUGAUGAUAUUCAGGAUGUCAAGUCCUUAUAACAUUAUUAAACUUUAUUUCGUGACAGGGACCAACAGGAAUGUCUGGAUCCGUAGGAUUGAAGGUAGUUUUUAUUAUUUUUUCAUUAGCUGCUUACUUUUGACCUCUUCAACGUGAUACGGGAAUCUCAACUCUGGAACGGCUUUAAUUCAGACGCUGAUUUUUUCAUGAGUCGGACUUAGAGCAGUUUUCACUUGAGUUUCGAAAAUAUCAAAGCCAAGGUAAUCGCAACGGCCAAUCAGAAGAAGGAAAAUUCGUUUAACUGAGUUAAUGAGAACUCAAAGUCAACCAAACAAACUGCCUAAAGCGCGGACAAAGGUUAGGGAACAAGUCAUGGUUGGUUUCAGUUUUGAAUGUGAUUGGUUUACAGAAUGGCGUGAGUUUUCUGGACCAAUCACAGAGCGAAGAAAAGCACAACCUAAGCAAUCACGGACUACUUUUGACACUCAGUUGAAAAUUUGGUCCGUAAUGCGUAAAUAAUCACAACCUAUUAAUUACUGAUUAUUUUUAUGGACCUUUACUAGGGAAUGGCUCUAACGAUUAAUUUUGGCGUCCCAUGUUAGCUGUUUCUUCUCCUGUUUAUUUUCAUUAAUACCGUUACUUUCUUAUAUUUUUACUUUUUCAGGGAGAUCGUGGUCGUCAGGUAGAGUAACAGUGUUAUCGUUUAUUAAGUUUGAAAAUCUUUCAAAAAAACUAAUAUUUUAGAAAUAAACAUGGCUUUCCAUUAGCACAACAGUGAUUGUAAACUGACGUUUCUCUCAUAUCCUGCUUUUUUUUUCUCCUUUCUUAUUUCUUGUGGUUUCUCAGGGCGACGACGGCCAAGAGGUAAGUUUUUCUCUUCACAUUUUUUUUCAGGAAUGAAAAAUUUGUGCUUUAACAUAAAGAAAAAAAGAAAAUCGUUUUGACUAACAGGGAAAGAAAUCAGUUCAGUAAAGGUGCUUCUGAUCAAGUUCAGGCUCAAAGAGCGGCCUGAUACGGUUUUGUUUCUUGGUUCUUGAUCUGAGAGUUUCUUGCAUUUAAUUGUGUUGUCAAUGCUAGUGUGAUAUAACAUUAUUAAAUUAAGUUUGUAUACAAUUCUGAUUGUAUUCAAUAAAAUUAUCUCAGGGUCCCGCAGGUGGAAGAGGACCUCCUGGUUCACCGGUAAGUGAAAUACCCAGUGAACAAAAAUUGCAUACAAGCUAAACUACAGGGUCGCUUUUCAUCGUAAAUAUUUUCUUGCAUUUUACAUCAUCCAUGGAGGCCCCUCGUGUUUGUCCGUUUGUUUCCUUUUCUUUGGGUUUUUUCCCAAGAAUUCGCAUUUCGUUCCAAAUUUUGAGCCAGUCAAAGAAAUUGUCAUCGCCAUUUUUUAAUAAGCCCGAUCUAAAGGCGUAGGAAGGAAUGUUUCCAGACUUUUAAUAGAAAUCUCUCGUUGUUAGAAAAAAAAUAAUACUUAUAACAAUGACGGGAAUGCGCAGGUGAUGGAUUUCUUACAGCUCCAGCCACCCUCCACCUUCUUCCCUGUGAACCUGUUUGGCUGCGAAAGAGAACCCUAGUAUUAAUCAUUAUUUUUCCUUCAUUAGGCCGUUCUUCCAGCUGAGUUUGCGGGACAGUUUUCAGUAAGUCAUUCACAUUCUGUUCGUAUGUUGUUCUUGCGCUUUCCAAACUUCUGAAAGCUGAAGAACAUCAGUGAAACACACUACGCCUCGUGUGCUACUUUUAUGCUCUACCACAUUUUGACGUCUCCUGUGAUCUGUUUCUGAACAGACACACGGCAACAUGGAAUCGAUUUGUUAAUUCCUUAAGUACAAUGUAAUAUUUCUUGUUACUAAAAACUGGAGCAUUGGAUAAUGCAAUAAAAGAGUUUUCAUUGGCUUAGCCAUUAUACCAUCUGCGCGCAUGAAGGCGAGUUAAACUAGUAGUGAUUUUUUACAUUGUAACACUGGCGUUCCGUUUGCUCUUACAAAAUAAAGUUGGGAAGAUUUAUCUAUACUUUGGGGCGUUUGUAAUAAACAAUUAUUCCGUUCACACUUGUUGGAUAUGAGAUGACUAAAGCCAAUUCGGUCCCACGGGCCUCGUUGGCUAUCAUCUUAUAUCCAACGCGCGCUCGUGGAUUAACUGUUUAGUAGUCAUGUUUAGAACCGUUAAACUUUAUCUACGCUUUGUGUCGGUCUAGUUCCCAGGUUACCAACAAGAUUACAGCGAUCCUGCCUCUCUCCAAACAGAAAAAUCUGGAUCUAGGAGGUUGUACCGAAGCGGCGAACAGGUAUUAGCGUAGUGUAGUGAAGAUGUACUAAAUGUGGGAAAUGGUAGCCUAAGUUUCUGUACAAUGAAUAUCACCUUCACCAAAAUGGCGAUCAAAGUAAUAAUCGAGAGGGGGUAAUGGAUAGAAAGGUGUUAUAAAAGGGGAGGAGUAGAAAGCUUAUCAAAAUAUCCUUUCUAGGUACAAUCUUUCCCUCAGCUUUUAAAACUAACUACACAUAUCGAAAUCCACCAUAUAAAAGUAUUAGUUUGCCUUUUUUUUUCUUUUAAUGUUAAUUAAAUGUCAUAAGUGUAUCCGAUGUCACUUGUGUGUGAAUGUUUUAAAUAAUUGAGUUGACCUUUUGUGUUUCCAUUAUCAGGACACUGCGGCCGAAACCAAGCCUCAGGUAAGAUGACUUUUUUCCAAGUUACAAACCGCUUUCCCCGUGGAAGUCCCAUAGGAGUUUGAUAACAUGGCAUAAACGUUGCUUGAGUAUUGAAGCUAGUAAAUUAAUACUAACAGUUUAAUUAUUGGAUUCGACGUCCCUUAUGCGGCAACAAUAUAUUAUUGCCGUGGAAUGCAGUGGAGUUUUAUUGUUCCUAGUGUCAUUGUGGCUGUUUUUGUUGUUGUUCUUACCUUCUUCUUAGUUACGUUGAAAGUCGUACCUUUAACUUCUUAGAUCGAUGAAUUAUAGAUGUAAUUGACCAACUGAUCUUUUCCGCUGUGUUCAUGAUCAAGAAACUGUCGAUACAAGGUUUUCCUUUUUACUGUAGUCAACUGAAAAAUUCCCAGUACCACCUGAAGCUGAUUUAGCGUAUGUUGGCGGGCAUUUACUUUAAAGAUAAUUUGGCCUUUGGCAGCGGGCUCCAACCCGUUCCUCUCAGAAACUAAAACGCAACCUGAAAUUUCCACAGUUCCAGCUUACUUUCCUUUGGAAUUGGAUUUCCAUUCUGAUCUGCUCUUCUCUGUGCCACAGUAAUAAUAGGGCUUACUAACUCAAUGCACUAGAAAGCGGCUACAGGUAAUUACGCUAGAGUUUGCGUCGACAUACAGUAUUCUAAAAUGACAACACUUACUUUCCAUAGUCGCUUUCCGAAAACCUGUACUUUUAUUUUUUUCUUUACCUUAUAGAUUGACCUUUACGACGUGAUCAGUUAUCGUAUAGACAUGUAUAAGAAUCCCAACGGCUCCCAAGCAUUCCCCGCAAGGACCUGUCGAGACUUGCACAUGAGCUAUCCUGAACUUAAAAGCGGUUUGUGCAUAAAGUGAUCUUUGUUUAUUUCAUUUUUUUUUUUUAAUACACAUCAUCUUUGUUUUUGACUUUUAUUAAUAGAAAGGUUUGGUUUUUCAACCUGCGAGAGCUAUAACAAAGUUCGAGAAAUUUCCUUUAAGGCCUCACAUCAUGUGCCUCACAAUCACGAAAUUGGUCUAAAAUGUGUUGGCAACCGACCUGUCAUCCAAAGUAUAAAAUGAUUAUUUCUCGAAAGUCCAGUGUUUCAGCUAACCAAUCUCUCGUUCAUUUAUUUACUCACGCAGACUAUCCUCUCUACUGUGGCCAGUUUACAUUGUCAACUCAGUCGAUAAACUAAAUUAUCUUGAUUUAGUAUUGUUUGAUCGAUAGAUAGAUAGAUAGAUUGAUUGAUUGAUUAUUUGAUUGAUUGAUUAUUUGAUUGAUCGAUUAAUUAAUUACCUUAGGACUCUAUUGGAUUGAUCCUAAUGGUGGGAUAGCAAACGAUGCCAUCGAAGUUUAUUGUGAAUUCCAAACCAACGGGUCCUGCCUGUAUCCGGGACAAGAAAACCAGGUUGGUGAUCUUGUUCCAUUGUCUGUGUUUUCGUUGGUGUAGACUUUGUCUCUAAAACGCUGUGUUGGACUGGUGUGACUGUAGCUAUGCUCUCAAUAUAGGACUCUUUUGUUUCAAAACUGGGAGGGUCAAUCAAUUUGUAUGGUUUCUUGCUCUACAGCCGUUUGUAACUGACAAGAAGAAAUGGUUCAGCGGUAGCGAUGGAUACAAAUGGCUAGGCAAAGAACUGCUCGGACUUGACAAGGUAAGUACUCAGUCUUCGGAAACUUGAGAGUGCUACGUUUUAACAUAUUUUUUUCAGGGUUAUUAUUCGUUUUGUAGCAGAAGUGCAAGUCUCAGAACAUUUGUGUUUUUGCAGCUUUUUUCACGUAUAGUUAAAAAACUUAACAAUAUUAAUAUUCUGACCCCAAAUCCCUAAUAAUGAAUCAUUUGUAUCAAAAACGAGAAACUCAAAUUGCAAAACUUUGUUCGUUUUCUUUGGAAACACAACCUACAGCAAUUUGUAUGCUUCUCUACGGGCUCGUCAAAAUACGGCACAACUCGUACCAAAACGGAUGAACAACGGGAGUAAGUUUUUAAAGAAACUGUGGUGCUGCGUCGGUGGGAGAGCAUAACAGAGUAAUUUUGUGUUAUCAACUGAGUUGAAAACGCAAAUUGGCCAUCAUAAAGAGUUUAAGGCUGACGUUUCGAGCGUUAGCUCUUCGUCAAUCGCUCCGACGAAGGACUAACGCUCGAAACGUCAGUCUUGAACUGUUUAUGAUGGCCAAUUUACGUUUUCAACUCAGUUGAUAACGCUAAAUUACCGUGUUACACAUCAAAACGUCUAAUAAGAUAUAUUUCUUUAAUGGAAUUCUUUCCAUUUAGAAAAUAUUAUAUUUGCCACUAGACGUUCUGUUUGUUGAUUUAUCCUCAAAGGAUGUCGUGUUAACAAUGGCGUUAAAAGCUAUGAUUUCUUUAUUGGAUUGCGGAUACAACGCUUAAUUGGCUUAUCAGGACAAAUAAUCUUCAGAGAUAAGACAAACAGGAGUUUAAUUUGGAAAUUGAAAUUUGAUUAAACUACUUUCUGCGCAUAUACUAAGAGCUUCUAAUAACAAUCAGAAGUUGUACACGUUUUGAAGUCAUAAUAGAUGAGAAUUGGAAAAAACAACGUUUAUUUCACCUCUGUUGUCCGAUUACUUGUUUUUCUACAUUUCACACAUUUUUUAUACGCGCCAUUCACAAUCCUGAUCACAGAUGACUUGUGAAGUAUGAUCGUCACAGGCAGACUAAAAUUAGAGAGAUUAUAUGGAAGGUAAACGAUGCAAAACGACCAGAGGUCUUGACUUGGCCUAACCCCAUGGCUUCAACUUCUUUGAUUGAUUUAAACUUGUGAAGUUUAGUUAUUCACCGUCUAUUUUUGUUUUGUAUUCUGCACAGCUUGAAUACGUGUCGGAGCAAAGUCAGCUGGAGUUCCUCCAGCUGUUAAGCGAUCGUGCCCGCCAGCGGAUUACGUAUCACUGCAAGAACUCAGUAGCAUGGCCUGAGAAGAGUUCGAAUGAAGGGAUAAAGUCCAUCAAGAUGUUAACUGUUAAUGGACUUGAACUGCACUCGAGAUCCUCUAACAAAUUUAAACCGACACUAGUGGGGGAUGACUGUGCGGUAAGUGAAACCGAAAAAAAAAAAAGAAUGAGACUACCUAGGUUCGAGUUUAACGUUACCUUCAUCAAGAGAAAAUAUGAUGUCAGCUAUAAGCCGUGGGUUGGGAUGAAAACCCGAACUUUCUCAUUUGAAGACAAGAUCGAGGUUCAGUCACGUUCUAAAACGUCAAAGUUAGGCAUCAACGUCUAAAUUGUUAAAGCACGUUGGAGCAGAGUGAAAGGAUAUUUUGCCUCUGCCUCUGCCUCUCCCUCUCCCUAUCUUUCUUCCGCACCUUCUCCCUCUCCCCUUUCUUCUCCGUCUCCUACUCCUUCUGCCUCUUCUUCUCCCUCUCCUUCUCCUUCUUUUCCUUCUUUUACUUUGCCUUCUUUCACUUUUCCAUUUCCAUUUCCAUUUCCAUUUCCCAUUUCUCCUUCGCCUUUUGCUUGUCCCUCUCCUUCUUCUUCUCCUUCACCUUCUCCUCUUUUUCCUCUCCCCUCCAUAUCCUCAUGCUUAUUUUUGUCUUGUGUAGUUGAAAGACGGAUCUUGGCAUCGUACCACAUUGGAAGUGGACACACCCAAACCUCACCGUCUCCCCGUUCUUGAUGUAGCUGUAUAUGAUAUCGGAGAUAGUGGAGAGGAAUUUGGUCUAGAAUUCGGACGCGUUUGCUUCUCUUAAUGGUCAAAAAUGCAUGUCAAACUGUACAUUGUUGUUAAAGAGGUGCAGUGAUUAAAACUUGAGACUGUAAGUUAUUGAGUUCAAACGAGAGAAGCAGUCCUUAGCGGCUGCUGCAUGUUAAAAAAACGUAGUUUUUGGGACCUUCCAAGCGCAGUUGUUUAAAUAAAAGUUGUUUUAUCCUUAUAA